GAUCGGGUACCUCAUGCUCAAUGAGAAUGGGACGUACUGGCGUCACAUCCUCGUCGUUGUGGCCCCCAGCUGCCUAGCGACCACGCCGUUGGCGACGAGGUGGAAGGCAGGGUUUCCCAAUCUGUAUAAUGCUUGUCUCGACCACGCCAUCGGCUGCAAUGGGAUAUAAGUCCACCUCUAUCACCCCAAGUUCUCUCCUACCACUGUUGUCGCCCCCAACCUCGAUCAUCAAGUAAAGCGAGUCACGGCAGGUUCUUGAGCACAACGUGCCGGUCGGCUUAACCCCAUCAUGGACGGGUACUACGCUUAUCCCGAGUCGGCUGAACAGCAGGGUCCGGCGACCAUGAUCCGGCCUUCCAAGCCCGAGGACUGGGAACCGUUUCGGGAGAUCAUCGCCCAUCUGUACAACACCAUGAACAUGAAGCUGAAGGACGUCAUGACGGAAAUGCAGCUGACGUACAACUUCAAGGCAACCGAGAAACAAUACAAGACACAGUUCAAGAAGUGGAACCUUGACACCAAGUACAUCAAGGCAUCCGAGUACAUGUUCAUGGUCAAGACGAUGCGCGAGCGGCUAGCGGAGGACCCCCCGAAGGAGACACGCUUCGUCCUGAGGGGGAGGGUGGUCGACCCCAAAGAUAUUGCCCGAUUCGAGAAACGGGCGCAGAAGAAGGGUACCAUCAAGGAAGGGGAACCGAUUGAUUGCGAGGAACCGGUUGAAGACCUAGUCGGCCUACAACGAAGCCUACGCGUCCCACCAGUGUAACGACAUCCAGCCAUUCCCAGCCCGGGAGCUUCCACUUACUGACUUCUUCGCCAACUACCAGACGACGACGCUGACCAGUAUCCCUACUACUAUUGAUUUCCUGCGGAUCCAUGGCUAUCUCGCCG